AUCCGGGGACCGUAUGAUGGCAAUGAAAAUACUAGAUUUGUAGAAUUAUAUUUAGUUAAUGAUAGAAGCACAGUGAGUACUCUGAACCAUAAUAGUAGUGAAGUUAUAAAAAAAUCACAAGAUAUAGUUAAUAUUGUUAGUCGGUUGUAUCGUCCACUGAAUAUUUACGUAGCUCUAGUUGGGGUGGAGAUCUGGGAAUCUAGAGAUAAAAUAGUUAUAACUAAAAGUCCUGAUGUCACCCUAGAAAACUUCUUACGUUAUCGUCGAGAAAGAAUCAAUCCAUUCCAUAUUAAUGAUAACGCACAACUUAUUACUGGUACUAAAUUUGAUGAAGGGGUGGUAGGUAAAGCUAUCAAAGGAAGAAUUUGUACCUUUCAAUAUUCAGGGGGAGUUAACUAUGAUUAUGAUGGAUUAACUACUCUAGCUACAACUGUAGCUCAUGAACUGGGUCAUAGUUUUGGUAUGGAACAUGAUAAUGAUUCUGUGUGUCGAUGUUCAGAGAGUAAAUGUAUUAUGGCUGCUACAAGUGGAAUGACAAGUCCUACUAAAUGGUCAUCAUGUUCUAUCAGUGCUCUACGUGAAUCGUUUGAAAUUGGUAUGGAUUAUUGUCUACGUAAUAAACCAGAGUAUAUCUAUAAAGGACCAGUCUGUGGAAAUGGUUUAGUAGAGGAAGGAGAAACUUGUGAUUGUGGACUUCCUCAGGAUUGUACUAAUAGAUGUUGUAAUUCUACCACCUGUCAGUUAAUACCCCAGGCUCAAUGUGGAACAGGAAGAUGUUGUAAUCUCGAGACUUGUAAGUAUAGAGACUCUGCUGUAUUGUGUCGAGCGCCAGUAGGAGAAUGUGAUCUACCUGAAUUCUGUAAUGGAACUAUGGAAUACUGUCCUGAUGAUGUUUAUAAGAAAAAUGGUUUGACUUGUGGAGAGAGCCAGUCGUAUUGUUAUCAAGGACAAUGUAAUACUCAUAGUAAACAAUGUAAACUACUGUGGGGAACUACUGGGCGUGCCUCUGAUCCUAUCUGUUAUCAGAAUCUCAAUAUGCAGGGAACACACGAUGGUAACUGUGGCUAUAACUGGACUAGAAGUUAUUAUACAAGAUGUCAUAAAGAGGAUGUAAUGUGUGGGUUAUUACACUGUGUUCAUCUAAACGAGAAAUUGAUGUUCUGGAGAGAUUCUCUAGCUCAUACUAUGAGAGCCUCCUUUCUAACAGUUGGUAAUACUCAGUAUGUCUGUCGAUCGGCCAUGUUGGAUGUUGGAAUCGAUAUGCCAGAUCCUGGAAUGGUUCCUGAUGGGGCCAAAUGUGAAGAUGAGAAGAUCUGUGUGAACCAUAAAUGUGUACCAUUAGCUAAACUACCUAUUACUGAUUGUUCUACUAACUGUGCUAAUCAUGGUGUAUGUAACAGUCGAGGUAACUGUCACUGUGAUAUAGGGUACGCCCCUCCUCUCUGUGAUAAACCAGGGUUUGGGGGUAGUGUUGACAGUGGACAGGCCAGUAAUGAACAAGGUAGGUAG